AGAACACCAUGGUUGUUAACGUUGUGUCCCACACAAGCGCAUUAAACCGCUUUGUCCCCAUCAAGCCAUGCAAAACUACUCCUCCAACCAUCUUUUCCGGCACCCCUGAGGUGGACCUCUUCCACCCGGAGGCCAAGACAAUAAUGGUCAAGGCCUGCCAGGACUAUGGCUUCUUCAAGCUCAUCAACCAUGGCGUUUCAUUCGACCUCAUCUCCAACCUCGAAAACCAUGCCCUUAACUUCUUCAACCACCCGCAGUCUCUCAAACACAUGGCUGCCCCGCCUCACGACCCUUUCGGCUACGGCAGCAGCCGAAUUGGCUCCAACGGGGACGUCGGCCGGGUCGAGUACCUCCUCCUCUCCCCUAACUCCCUCCUCAUUCUCCACCAGUUACCCGUACUCUUCAGAUGCGCGUUGGAAGAGUACAUGGUGGCGAUGAAGAAGAUGUGCUGCGAGGUGCUGGAGGUAAUGGCAGAGGGACUGGGGAUUGGGGAGAGGAAUGCGCUGAGUAGGGUGGUUGGGGACGAGAGGAGUGAUUCGUGCUUUAGGUUGAACCACUAUCCGCCGGUGGCGGCAGAGGAGGAUGGGAAAAUGUUGAUUGGGUUUGGGGAGCACACAGACCCACAGAUAAUAUCAGUGCUUCGAUCGAACAACGAAUCGGGGCUUCAGAUAUGUCUUAACGAUGGCAGUUGGGUUUCUAUACCACCUGAUCCUACUUCCUUUUUCAUCAAUGUUGGUGACUCCUUGCAGGUAAUGACCAAUAGAAGGUUUAAAAGUGUAAAGCACAGGGUAUUGGCAGAGUCAAAGCAGUCAAGGAUGUCAAUGAUAUAUUUUGGAGGAGCAGCAUUAAGUGAAAAGAUAGCACCAUUGAAAUCACUCAUGUCGAAAGACGAAGAGAGCCUUUACAAGGAAUUCACAUGGUUGGAAUACAAGAAUGCUGCAUACAAGUCAAGGCUUGCUGAUAAUAGGCUCAGCCUCUUUGAGAAAUAAUAAUCUAAUCUCAAAUGAUGAAAUUAAAUAUAAUGGCAGAUUGAGUAAAUCUUU